AUGACCACUGACUCUGGUAUCGUCUCAAUUCCAACUCCCACCGUGGAUGCGUUAACUGGGGUUGUGACGAGUACUAUGCUUGCCGAUGUCAUCACAGAUACUGGCACUCUCCCCUCUGCGACCUCCAGCACAUCGGACACGCUCAUCCACAUCACCGCGUUGCCGCCAGCUAACAGCUCGACUUCGAUUACUCGCACCAGGAACGCUUCUCUGAAGGGUCCUUCCAAACCAUUCAACGUUGCCUACCUCGCGCCUCUCUUUGCCAUCCUCGGGGGCAUUGCUGGAGCUCUCUGCACUUGGCUUCUCUAUCGCUUCGUGCCCAAGCGGAGCGUUUCUCGGCAGCGAGAGACGUUGCUGGAGCCUGGACCGCGUUAUACUCCACCUUCGAUGUUCAGACACACGACUACCCUCACCCCUGCGCCACUCGAAGACGAGGAUCCGGCAAGGCCUUCGCAAGCUAGCGCCCGCCCUCUACUCGACGACAGUGUAGCGGAGGAAAAGAAGAAGGGGAGCUGGCUGGCGCGUGCGUUCUCCACGCGAAGCCGCGCAGCGCCGAAACUUGUCGAGCAGCGGUCUGAGUCCGCGGAAGCUGGCGACGAAGCUGAGGAUGACCCGUUCUUGGCGCGAUCCUUGGCCGCUGGUACACCUGCUGCUCCAGCUGGAGGCCUCGGAAGACAUGCCACCACACGUACGACAUUCUCGUACGGGGCUUUAGGCGACGAGGAGGAACUCGCGCCAUACGACACUCUCCGGCACAAGUCCAUCCGGCGCGGAAUACUGGAGCGGCUCCGCAUGGGCACUGUGCGACGGCCGCCUGCGCCUGCGGAGUACGAGCGCGGCGAGACAGAGGACGACAGCGCCCCUGGGGACAUCGACGCGAGCCCCAGCGCCAGGCUCACCGGCAAGCGUAGGGGCCACAGGCGCGAGGACUCCGACAUGAAGGUGGCCGACAUGCGGUCACGCACCACGUCGACCGAGGACUCGGUGUCUCGGCGCCCCACGCUCUCGCGCAACCGGUCUGACCUCGUCGUCUCCCCGCCCGGCUUCCGCCUCGUCCUGGAAGACCCCAUCUCUGGAGCCCUGAUGUCCGCGCCCCCGAGCUGUAACACGAGCCCGACCAAGGAGGAGAGCUCUGCGUGGGGGCUGAGUUUCCCGUGGCAGCCGUCGCCGACCAAGCCGCGCGCGGGCGACGAUAAGUUCACUGCGCUGCCCGUGCGGCGUAGUCAGGCGGACAAGCGGAGCCCUUAUGCGUCCCCUUCCCCCUCCUCUCGCGCACUCAGCGUGCUCAGCGCUUCCGAGGACGAAGACGCCGUGGACGCACACAACGCACGGUCGAUGCCGCCGCUCAGCCGUAUCGACUCGUCCAUCCUCCCCGCUAGCCCGCCGAUGGUGCGCUCCCCGCCACUCGACUCGCAGCUCUUCUUCGGCUCGUUCGGCUCCAGCCCCUCGCUCGAUCUGCGCCUCCCGCCACCCGUCCCCUCCAAGCACGACGAGCCCUCGCGUAGCACCCCGCCUGGCGAGAAGCGCGCUAAGCUGCGCACGCAACGCUCGCCCCCCGCGUUGCCCUUCCCCUCCACAGCGAGCACAUCACCGUUCCGCGGUCGCCUGAAGAAGACCCCAACGAAGCGUGCCGCGCCCGUAGCCGCGGUAGCGCGCAACGAGAGCGCGGACUCCGUCGACGGGCCCACGGCGGCGGGGGGUCGCGGGACGCCUGCGCAGCGGCACGAGGCGCGCGGGUCGGCGCUGAACAAGGUCAGCGAGAUCCUGUCGCGCGGAUGGGGCGAGCGUCACCAGGUUGGAGGGGGAGAUGGGCCGCGCUCGCCGUUCUUGGGGAGCUCGGCGCACGAGUCGGAGCCGUUGUCUGGGGGAGCGAGUCUGGAGAAGCUGGUCGAUGAGGAGGCGAUGAACGGGAUGGGCAUCGAGCAGAGGCUGGGAGCGUUGCGGGGCGUAUGA